AUGGACCCCUUCGACAUCCCGCCCAACCAGACGCUGUACGUGAAUAACCUGGAGGAGAAAGUAAACGUCCAGGACCUGAGGGACCUGCUGUUCGAGUUCUUCUGCCCCUAUGGAAACGUGCUGGACGUCGUUAUAAAGAAGGCCAACCAGAGCAGGGGCCAGGCCUUCGUCGUCUUCAACACCGUGGCGUCGUCUACCCUGGCCUACAAACACCUCAAGGGGAAGCUCUUCCUCAACAAGCACAUAAACAUUAACUAUGCAAAGACCAAAUCUAGAAUUAUAGAAAAAUUGGAGGGCACGUACAAGUCAAUCACCAAUUAUAAAUCGGCAGCGGGAUUAGGAAGCAGGGCCAACGUCUUCACCCUCUUCGUUCAGAACCUACCGAACGAAAUAAAUAAGAGCGCUCUGGAGAUCCUGUUUAGCCAGUACCCUGGGUUCUGCGAGGUGAGACACAUCCCCGGCAGGAACGUGGCCUUCGUGGACUUCAGCUCCUACCAGAAUGGCGAGGUCGCGAUGAGCGGCCUGCAGAGCUUCAAGGUCACUCCCCAGCACCCGAUGAAGAUUUCGUGGUCCGGCUGA